CUUAUUAAAGAGAUCAUUUUCCUGAAAAAAUCAUCCUUUUUCACGUGUCGUCUUCAUCAAAUCCUCACCGUCCCAACUAAAACAAGAUAUCCUCUGUUUGACGACAACCCAGAGAAACACUAAAUAAGAGAUUUUUUUCUUUUUCUGAUUCAAUGGAUCUGUACAAACCUAGCUCUAGCUCACCACCACGUGAUUUGAAACCACUUUCUUCUUCUGAAAAUUAUCGUAACCAAACCGGAGAAAAGAGAAAGGUUUCGCCGACAAAGAGAGUUAUAAAUAAAACAGAGUUGACUUUUUUUUUUUACAGACAGAGAAACAGAGACUUUUUUACAAGAUUGUCUUUUCUUGAUCAAUCAAGAUCAGUCUUUUCUUUUCUUUUUUAUUUACCCAAUUCCAUAAAUUUCAUUUCUUCAUUCUUUUUGUUUCUUCAAGAUUUAUCCAGAUGCGUAGAAGCUAAGGCAUUCUCACAAACCUAAAAAAAAAUGAGUGGUAUCAUCUGUUUCUUGAUUCUCUCUUCUUUCUCCUUCAUUUUAGUGACAUCACUAAACGAAGAAGGCCACGCUCUCCUUGAGUUUAGAGCAUCUCUCAACGACUCCAACGGCUAUCUUAUAAACUGGAGUCUUUCAGAUUCAAACCCUUGCAACUGGACAGGAGUCGAAUGUAACCGUCUCGAAACUGUGACUUCUCUUGAUCUCAGUGAGAUGAAUCUUUCAGGUACACUGUCUCCUCUCAUAUGCAAGCUUCAUGGUUUAAGUUACUUAAACGUCUCCAUCAACUUCAUCUCUGGUCCAAUCCCUAGAGAGUUCUCUCUCUGUAGAUCCCUAGAGGUUCUUGAUCUCUGCACAAAUAGGUUACAUGGAGUGAUUCCUAUUCAGCUCACCAUGAUCAGUACUCUUCAGAAGCUGUCUCUGUGCGAGAACUAUCUCUUCGGUUCGAUCCCUAGGUUUAUCGGCAGCUUGAGUUCGUUACAAGAGCUUGAGAUCUACAGCAACAACCUCACCGGUGUUAUCCCUUCUUCUAUAGGGAAGUUAAGACAGCUCAGAGUGAUUAGGGCAGGAAGGAACGCCUUGUCCGGUGUGAUACCUUCUGAAAUCAGCGGUUGCGUGAGCUUGAAGGUACUUGGUUUAGCAGAGAAUCUUCUCGAGGGUUCUCUUCCUAAGCAGCUUGAGAGGCUUCUCAAUCUCACUGACUUGAUACUCUGGCAAAACCGUUUGUCUGGAGAGAUACCUUCUUCAGUAGGAAACAUCACUAGUCUCGAGGUGCUUGCGCUGCACGAAAACUACUUCACUGGAACAAUACCUAGAGAGAUUGGUAACCUAGCAAAGAUCAAGAGGCUGUAUCUUUACAUGAAUCAGUUAACCGGAGAGAUACCUUGCGAGAUAAGUAACUUGACUAAUGCAGUUGAGAUAGAUUUUUCAGAGAAUCAGUUAACAGGUUUCAUCCCAAGAGAGUUAGGUCAGAUUCUGAAUCUCAAGUUACUUCACCUCUUUGAGAACAAUCUCCAAGGUUCAAUACCUAGGGAGCUUGGAGAGUUAUCACUGUUGCAGAAGCUAGACUUGUCUAUCAAUAGACUUACUGGUACUAUCCCACGUGAGCUUCAGCAUUUAACUUCACUUGUGGAUCUGCAACUCUUUGACAACCAGCUUGAAGGAACCAUUCCUCCUCUCAUUGGUUACUACAGCAACUUUACUGUUCUUGACAUGUCUGCUAAUAAUCUCUCUGGUUCAAUCCCUGCUCACUUCUGCAAAUUCCAGAAGCUGAUACUUCUGAGUCUUGGUUCAAACAAGUUAUCAGGAAACAUCCCUCGUGAUCUCAUAACCUGCAAGUCACUGACAAAGCUUAUGUUAGGAGAUAACAUGCUAACAGGAAGCCUCCCCAUUGAGUUGUUUAAUCUUCAGAACUUAACUGCGUUAGAGCUUCAUCAAAACUUGUUAUCAGGGAACAUAUCUGCAGACUUGGGGAAGCUGAAGAACUUAGAAAGACUGCGUCUAGCUAACAACAACUUCACUGGUGAGAUUCCUCAUGAGAUUAAGAAUCUCACAAAGAUUGUUGGCUUAAACAUAUCCUCAAAUCAGCUCACAGGUCACAUCCCUAGAGAGUUGGGGAGUUGUGUCACUAUCCAGAGGCUUGACCUUAGUGGUAACAAGUUCUCAGGGUACAUAGCUGAAGAGCUUGGUCAGCUAGUGAAUCUAGAGAUUUUGAAGUUGUCUGAUAAUAGAUUAACUGGUGAGAUUCCUCAUAGCUUUGGUGAUCUUACAAGGCUAAUGGAGUUACAGCUAGGUGGUAAUUUAUUGUCUGGAAACAUCCCUGUGGAGCUAGGAAAGCUAACCUCUCUUCAAAUCUCACUCAACAUCAGCCACAACAAUCUCUCAGGCACUAUUCCAGACAGUUUAGGAAACCUUCAAAUGCUGGAGAUACUUUACCUCAAUGACAACAAGCUAUCAGGUGUGAUCCCUGCAUCUAUUGGGAAUCUCAUGAGCCUCCUCAUCUGCAAUAUCUCAAACAAUAACUUGGCGGGAACGGUACCAGACACAGCUGUCUUCCAACGAAUGGAUUCAUCAAACUUUGCUGGAAACCACCGUUUGUGUAACCCUCAGGGAAGCCAUUGUGAAGAAUCACUUGUCACACAUUCUGAUUGGUUAAUGAGAGGCUCACAGGGGAAAAAGAUCUUGACAAUAGCAUGUAUUGUGAUCGGUUCUGUUUCUUUUCUUGCUUUUGUUAGUAUAUGUUUGGUAAUAAAGAGACGAAGGCCAGAGUUUGUUGCUCUUGAGGAUGAAACAAAACCAGAUGUCAUGGAGAGCUACUACUUCCCUAAAGAAGGUUUCACAUACCAAGGACUAGUGGAUGCAACUAGAAACUUCUCUGAAGACAAUGUUUUAGGGAGAGGAGCGUGUGGAACAGUCUACAAAGCUGAGAUGUCAGAUGGUGAAGUGAUAGCAGUUAAGAAGCUGAACUCUCGAGGAGAAGGAGCUAGCUCUGAUAACAGCUUCAGAGCUGAGAUAUCAACACUUGGGAAGAUAAGGCACAGAAAUAUAGUGAACCUUUAUGGUUUCUGUUAUCAUCAGAACUCAAAUCUUCUCUUGUAUGAGUACAUGUCAAAGGGAAGCUUAGGUGAGCAGCUUCAGAGAGGAGGGAAGGCGUGUUUGUUGGAUUGGAAUGCACGUUAUAGAAUUGCUCUGGGAGCUGCAGAGGGUUUGUGUUACCUUCAUCAUGAUUGUAGACCUCAGAUAAUUCACCGUGAUAUUAAAUCGAAUAAUAUUCUUCUUGAUGAGAUGCUACAAGCUCAUGUGGGAGACUUUGGCCUGGCUAAGUUGAUAGAUCUCUCUUACUCAAAGUCUAUGUCAGCUGUUGCUGGCUCUUAUGGAUACAUUGCUCCAGAAUAUGCUUACACGAUGAAGGUGACAGAGAAAUGUGAUAUCUACAGCUUUGGAGUUGUACUUCUUGAGCUAAUAACAGGAAAGCCACCAGUUCAACCGUUGGAGCAAGGAGGGGAUCUAGUCAACUGGGUUAGAAGAUCAAUCCGUAACAUGGUUCCAACAGUUGAAAUGUUUGAUUCAAGGCUGGAUACAACCAAUAAGAGUAUAGUUCAUGAGAUGUCUCUAGUACUAAAGAUAGCACUGUUCUGCACCAGCAACUCUCCAGCUAGUAGACCAACAAUGAGAGAAGUUGUGGCUAUGAUUUUCGAAGCUAGGGCAUCAUCAACAAGCCUCUCUUCCUCUUCCAUCACAUCAGAAACUCCUCUAGAAGAAGAAAAAUCCUCCAAAGAUAUUGACUUUGUUCCAUCACCUUGAAGUCAACAAAUUAAAUCCAGUUUCAGUAUAGAGAGGAAAAGAUAGAAUUGUUGAUUCAGAUUCAUGUAAAGCAUGUUGUAUCUAUUUUCCCAAAAGGACAAAACAGAAUCAGAAACUAGGUAGUUUUGAAAUAAAAUAUGAUAUUAAUU